GACUGCGCAGAACCGCAAGUGCGGACACCCCCUCCCGCGCCUCUCGGGCUAGAGGUUUCGUUUCCGGGCCAAGGUCAAGAGGCUGUGUACGGAGUGUCGGGUUUUCCGGAGUGCGGCGGGAGGCGGCCGGUGGGUGCGGGGCCGCUCCCCGUCCCGCGGCCUCGGCCCCGGCCCCGGCCCCGCGGGGAUGGACGAGGACGGGCUGCCCAUUGUGGGCUCCGGCAUUGACCUCACCAAGGUUCCCGCUAUUCAGCAGAAAAGAACGGUAGCAUUUCUGAACCAGUUUGUGGUUCAUACAGUGCAGUUUCUCAACCGCUUUUCUACUGUUUGUGAAGAGAAAUUGUCAGCGCUCUCUCUCCGUAUCCAACAAAUUGAAACAACACUCAAUAUUUUGGAUGCAAAGUUGUCCUCUAUUCCUGGCCUAGAAGAUGUCAAAUUUGAAGUGUCCAGUGCAAGUAUGAAUAGUGUUACAAAUGGUCCUGUGGCACAAGGCACUACGGAUCAAGAAACAGCUGUAUCACCUCAAUCUGGACAGAACAACAUACAUGAAGAAGGGUUACAGAAAACAGAGGUUGUAACAGAAAAUGUCAGAACUGUGGCCAAGGAUCCAAGAUAUGCCAGAUACCUCAAAAUGGUACAAGUGGGUGUUCCUGUAAUGGCAAUACGCAACAAAAUGAUUUCUGAAGGGCUAAAUCCAGAUCUUCUUGAGACCCCAGAUGCCCCUGUGCCUGCCUGGGGAGAUGAUGGGAAAGCAGAAGACAGUUCUGAUAGUGAAUCUUCAUUUAGUGACUAAAGAGACUGAUUUUGGAAACCUCUGUUCAGUGCUAAUGUGUUUGAAGCUUUAGAGACAAUGGUCUGGUGUGGGUCACAUGGGUGACGUGAUUUAUCUGACAGCAUUUUUAAGAACUCAGAUUCUCCAUGUUCUCUCCCAGAAAGUUCGAACACGCAGCGUAUUUCAAUGUGAACCUUUCUACCAUGAAAGUUAAUUGUGAGAUCCUUGCAAAUUUUGUGCUGCAUCAUUUCAGAUUCCUUUCUGAUUCUUCUGAAGUUACUUUGUAAAACUCUGAAAAUUCCACACCUCUAAACCUCCAGGUCAUAAGACUGCAUUCUGAUCAUUACUGGAUUUUCUGUGUAACACUUUUAACCUAAUUUGCUGUCUUUUGGUUCCGUAAUGUACAGGAAAAGUAACUUUUCAAAAUGAAAUGGUUUAAUCUGAUGAACUGCAUUAUUUUCUAAUAUACUAUAUUCUCAAAUGACUCAAAAAUAAUUACACAGAAGUCAGCUAUCUUAUGGUGAUUGCAAAUUAGUAACACUGUUUUGAAAGAAACUAAAAUGCUAGUGAAAAAUAUAUGAAAAAUCAAUCUGAAUCUGUUUUCAAAGCGUAUACUGCUAUUCAAUUUUAUGUUAGAGUCUGUACAAAGUUGUUAAAGAAAUUCCUGAUCUGUAGAAGAGUUGAUCUCUCAAAUUCAGAUUACAGUGGUGUAUAAAGCAACAAAUAUUGCAAGAUUGGUUUGAAAACGACACUGUGAAAGAAGCAAGUGUCUGGGAGAUUAUGGGUAGAAUACCAGAUUCUCACUGCUUGUUCACUGUCCAGGUAGGUCAGUAGAAGCCACUUUUUGAUUGUUGUUGGGGUUAUUCCAAAGGAACUGGGGCUGAGCAGUUUGCAUAGGAUAAGAAAUCAUCUCCAAGUUUGUGCCUUUGCUGAUAAUUUCAGCAAAGAAGCCAAAAUUCAGCUUGACUAAUGAUAAAACUACCUUGCUACCUCUUGAGGUGUGCAUUGGGAGACAAUAUGAGGAAAUCCACUUGGAGUCUGAGUGGCUCUGGAGACUGCCCUCCAAAGUACUUAUUCUACUCCGUGAGUCAAAAAUGACUUCAUAUUCAAGAAUCUUCUUUAACAUAAUUUGUUUCACAUGAAAUUCUUCACUAUCUAUUUGAAUUCCGCAGAUUAUUGUGAUUAUACCAGAAUGCUGUGGGUAAGGCAAUCAUUCGCUUUCUGGUAUUUGACAUUCUGCCUGAGACCAAAAAAAGACUUAAAACUGAAGCUCCAAGUAUAUAAAUUUGUUAGCUUUUAUGACCAAGUCAUUAUCUUCUCUCUUAGUUAUUUAUGCUACUUCAGUAGGUUAGCUGCCUUUUUUUUUCCCCUGUAAUUUAAGCAUGGCUCCCAUUUGAGUCUAGCAGGCAUAUUUAAGCUCUUCAUAACCUGUAAAUCAGAGUAAUACCUGAACCCCUUUGAAAGCAUAUAGGCACUAACAAAUGUCUAGAGAUGGCAUUUCAAUGAUGAGUGAAUUACUAUUGAUCACUUAAAGAAAAGCAUUUUAUAUUUAACACUUGGUAAAAUUAGACAAAUACUAACCCAUUAGCAAUAAGUAUUUUGCAAGUAAAUAUUAUAAUGUUAUUUCAGAAAGCAUAUAUUAAAACACUGAUGACUUCUUGAUAUCUAUAUUUGAAAACUCUUUGAAGCAGUCUGUAUAAUUAAAGCUAUGUUUUGUAAACCAAA